GGCUGGUUCAAAUGGCGAGAAACUUUAAACGGUUUCGCCAAACCUCCUUUGUUAUUUUGCGCUCGCAACACUGCAGUUCAGCUGACGGCUCACGCGAUUUCUAUUACGUGUUGGUUGUGUUUAAGAGGGGGAGACAAUAGUUGCGGCGAUGGAUGCUGAGAUGGCGCAGGGUGAAUCCGCUAGUCACUACGAAUUCGAUGCACCGUCACAUGUCAUUGAUUUCCAAGCAUUGGAUACGGAGGACAACGCAGAUAUUUGGUUUGACCAAUGUGCUGGCCAGGAUGAGAGACUGUUUGGCCAUCUUGCCACCCCAAACAGAAACAACAUACCAUUUGGUGCGACCCCCAAAGCACACUUGCCCAGGGCGAUUGUAUCUCCCAGGGUGAAAGAGAACUCCGACUCGGAAGCCCCAAGCACAUCCUCAGUACCCACCAGACCAGAUGCCCCGAGCACGUCCUCCAACAUUGUCACAUCCUGGGGAAAUAGGCCAGCACCGGUAGCUGCCCCGCCAAAGAAGGGACCGUCUGCCCGACCACGCAGGGUGUCAAAACGCAAAGAUGCAGCCAGCAAUGAGGAAGGACUGCACACAGCCCCUGAAGCCACACCACCUGCUAAGAAGCUGAGGAGCUCAAACCCAACUGCUGUAAGAACCUUUCGCCCACGUCGAAGGAGCUUAUCACUACCCCCCAGACGCAGUGGUAGUGUGCAACUCAACCUCAGAGCAGCCAACCAGGCCCGGCCUGCUGCAGCAGCCGCGAGCACCACACAGCAUAAGAGCUCUGAGCAGCAGGAGAUGGUGCACAUCAAGACUCUUCAGAAGGAGGUGGCUGAUAAGCUGAAGAGGAACGAGGCCAGCUACAGGGCUGCCUUGGCAGGCAGUCAGCUCCCUAAGAAGCUGGCUCUGGCCACCACCGUACCCAAAGAGUUUAACUUCAGCACAGAUGGACGCGUCAAGGCGGGCACUGCAUCAACCCACAGGGAGGUGGACUUCACUGCUCAGCUCCGCAAGCACCCGUCCUCCCCCACCAAGGUGCCAAAGGGUGCCACUGUUCCCAAGCCCUUCAACCUGUCCACUGGCAGCAAGAGGAAGGUGGCGGACCCUGUCCCUUUCAUGCCCAUGGCCCAACAGAUCGAGCUCUUCCAGAAACGGACUCCGACCCGCUACCACCUUCGUAGUCGACAGAGCCAGGAGAGGGGCCCGUCACCUGUGAAGAGUGAGCAGCUUAAGAUCACCCACCCUCACACCCCUCAGCUGAUGACCCGACAGAGGAGCCGUCCCACGGUGGUCAAGAGUAGCGCUGAGCUGGAGGCCGAGGAGCUCCAGAAACUCCAACAUUUUAAGUUCAAGGCCCUGGAGCUAAACAGGAAGAUCCUGGAGGGGGCACUGAACCCCAAGAAGCCCACUGUGAAGGAGUCCACACACCCAGAGGUAUUCCAUAUGCAUAUGGACAGGAGACUUGCGGAGCGGCAAGCCAGCAAGAAGCCAGAUGAGCCUGAGGAGCAGCACACCUUCCACUCCCGACCGCUGCCUGUUAGGAUCCUGGAGGAGGUGGUGGGUGUCCCUGAAAAGAAGGUGCAGUGUCCCACUGUUCCAGAGUCCCCUGCAUGGGCCCUGAAGAGGAUGCGCAUGGACAGAAAAGUGGAGGAGGUGAAACCCCCAGCCCCGCUCAAGGCCCACGCUGUGCCCCACUUUGGCCUGCCCUUUCUGCCUAAGCUCCAGGACAAGACCCAGGUGGAGGUGUGCCCCUUCUCCUUUGAAGAGCGGGAGCGUGAGAGGCAGGUGCUGAAAGAGAAGAGGCUGGAGGAGCUGAGGCAUGAAGAGGUGCCAACGUUCAAGGCCCAGCCACUGCCAGACUUCCAUGCAGUAGUCCUGCCAGAGAAGAAGGUGGCUGAGCCCACAAAGCCUGAGCCCUUCAAGCUCCUCCUUGACGAGCGGGGAGCCGCCAAGAAUGACCGCUGGGAGCAGAUGAUGAAGGAGGAACAGAAGCACCAGGCGGAGGCAGCCACCUUCAAAGCUCGACCAAACACGGCAAUUCACAAAGAGCCGUUCAUGCCCAAGAAAGAGAACCGCUCAGUCCUGGAAGACAUUAAUAAUUCCGUAGUUCCAGAGGUCUUCCAGCUAUCCACAGAGCGCCGUGCCAAGGAGCGGCUGGAGUUUGAGCGGGCGGUGAGUGAAAAGGAGGCGCUGAGGGCUCGCGUGGAGGAGGCGCAGCGGAUGGAGCUGGAGGAGUGCGAGAAGGAGAAAAUGGCCAGGCUACGCCAAGAGCAGGUCCACAAAGCCCAGCCCAUCAGACGCUACAAACAGCUGGAGCUGAAGAAGAGCGACGUCACACUCACUGUGCCCCAGUCCCCAAAUUUUUCUGACCGUUUCCGCAUGUGAUGGCUGAGGGAAAGGUUUUGUGUGUUUGUGUAUAUAUCCCUUGCCAUUUUAGUUGCCAGACAUGCAUUUCCCAACCUAAACUACACAUUUCUAUGCGACGUGGCCACGUAACUCUACACGAGGCAUUUCUUGCGCGAUGUAAAAUACAUGCGUUGUAAUCUUCAUUAUUCGCUUGCUUUUGGAGAACCACCUGCAAAUGAACAUGCAUUACUUCUGAGUUGAGCACAAAAGUAUUGUAUCGUAAAGAACAGGUUAGUUGGAAAAUUUGCUUCUGACCCCUUUCUACUAGCCAAAGUGUAACGCUAUUAUGGGACAGUUCACAAACAUAAGUAACUACUUCUAAUCCUAUGAAAUAUUUUAACUUCUCAUUCCCAUCUUAAUUGUAAAUGACCUGUACUUUUUGUUUGUUCUGAUUUACUGUCUGAUUUCAAUUAUGUAUAAUAAAGCUUUCACUUUUAA